GUCCGGCUAUUUCUUCGACGUACGAUUCCCGACGUUCACUGAGUCUUUCACAAGAGGUCCUCGCCCCCUCCCCCCAGACGUGAAGCCGCACGCGGUGAUCGAAGAUGUCUGUGGCCGGGCUGAAGAAACAGUUCCACAAAGCCAGUCAGCUACUCAGUGAAAAGAUCAGCGGGGCAGAGGGGACCAAGCUGGACGAAGACUUCAUGGAGAUGGAGAGGAAAAUUGAGGUGACCAACAAGUCUGUGUUUGAUCUCUUGUCCAAAACAACAGAAUACCUCCAGCCGAACCCAGCCUCCCGAGCCAAACUGAACAUGCUGAACACGGUGUCUAAGAUCCGAGGGCAGGUGAAGACCACUGGCUACCCUCAGACUGAAGGCCUGCUGGGAGACUGCAUGCUGCGUUACGGCCAUGAACUGGGAGAGGACUCUGUGUUUGGCUGUGCUCUGGUGGAUAUGGGCGAGGCCAUGAGGCAGAUGGCAGAUGUGAAGGACUCCCUGGAUAUAGGUGUCAAACAAAACUUCAUUGACCCCCUACAGAAUCUACAGGACAAGGACCUCAAAGAAAUCACGCACCACCUGAAGAAGCUGGAGGGCCGCCGCUUGGACUUUGACUACAAGAAGAAGCGCCAGGGAAAAGUCCCAGACGAGGAAAUCCGGCAGGCCGUGGAGAAGUUCGAUGAGAGCAAAGAGCUGGCGGAGAAGAGCAUGUUUAACUUCCUGGAAAAUGAUGUAGAGCAGGCGAGCCAGCUACUGGCGCUGAUUGAGGCGGCCGCAGAGUACCAUCGGCAGUCGUGUGAAAUCCUACAGGAGCUCAGUGGAAAGCUGCAGGAAAGGAUAUCCACAACCAGCAGCCGGCCCAAGAGAGAGUUCAAACCGAAGUCCAUCAGGAGCAGCAUCGAGACCCUGGACAACAGUCGGCACAACAGCCUGUCCUACAGCUCCUCACUCAAAUCCAGCGAUAUCCAGAUCAACCCAACAAUCAAUGGUAACGCUGAUCAUAUAACUUCUGUUUCACUGUCAUGGCCUGAGAGCCCCAUAAUCAAUGGCAAUAUUCACCAGAGCGAAGUGUUGGACCAGCCGUGCUGCCGCUCCCUCUAUGACUUCGAGCCAGAGAACGAGGGCGAGCUAGGCUUCAAGGAGGGGGACAUCAUCAUCCUCACCAACCAGAUAGAUGAAAACUGGUACGAGGGCAUGAUCAGCGGCGAGUCCGGCUUUUUCCCCAUCAACUACGUGGACGUCAUCGUCCCCCUGCCUCAGUGAAGACCGGCACCUCAAGUCCUAUCAAGACUCCCUUCCUCAGACUCUGAACCCACUCGGCCCUGAAAAUUGACGGGGCCAGCUCAGCCCGAAGCUGGGAAAGAAUUUAUUUCUACUCAUUUUUCAAAUGGAGCCAGAGAGGUAGUAGGGCCUAGUUGUGACAUGAGAUAAAAACAUGUUGCUGGUUGAAUUGCUUUCUCUGUUGAUAUUUAUGAACCUGAAGCCAACUGAAAACCAAGACCUUAAGUGGGACCCUCUGCUUGGUCUGAUCCUCCAUGUCCUCUGGGUCUGACCAAGGUCAGUCCCUCAGUUGACAUUGCUCUCCUGUCUGCUCGUUCUUCACCGCACACUGAGGCUUCUGGACUCUCUUUGAAGUUCACCACUGGACAUCGUGACAGCAUCUUUUUGUCCCUGCAAACACUUUAUAAGCUUUCCUUUGCAUUAUAGUUACAUUGUUUUCAUUUCAGGAUAAUGUAUCACACUCUCAUAUAGGUAGCCCCAAAAUAAGGAGGGGCUUUGCAUUCGCUUCUUUAAUCCCAUUAUAGGGAUGGCAUGCACCGUCAUGGAUGCCUCGCAUCAUGCUCACAACAUACGAGCUAGCUAAGGAGCUAGCAUGAUCCAAUUAUGAAUGUAGUCAGAGGAACAGGGCUCUCAAGUGUCACGCAUUGAGCGUGACACUCACGCAUUUCGGUCUUAAGUCACGCACUCCCGCCACACAUCGUAUUUCUCACGAUGAAAAAAACUUGGCUAUUUAAUGUUUUAAUGUGCCGCAGCGUGCAAACAUGAGCUGGCCGCGCUGCCCUCACCAUGGAGGAAACAAGCGCUCCCCUGGAGUUCUGCUGUGAGGUGCCACUUAUCAGCCAAUCAAAAAAAAGAAAUGGGCUACACAAUAGCCAAUCAGGAAAAAAAACGUAUCUGUUGUAUCUGGGUAAAAUUUAAUCCAGCAACCAAUGAAAAUAAAGCAUCCUGGAAUUGCGCGCGACUGACUGAUAUCCGAAAAUGUCGUUCUGCUGAUGGAAAUGUCACUCUUGCCUGUCUUCAAAACUUGAGAGCCCUGGAGGAAUUAGCUGCUGUUUCAACAGUUGGUUCACCCAAAUCAUCCUUAGAAGACAAUUAUAGCAGGUAAUGUAUUUUAGAAAUGUGUUUUAGUUAUAUUUGUUGAAAUUCUCUGGCAAAAAGAAAACAAAGGGAUAUCUUUGACUGUAUCAGGACUGUAAUGCCAGAAUGAAACCACUGGACAGACCUGUGUGCACUCUGCCUGUGCACUCAUUGUGUGUCACCACCAGCCUUCAACAAGCUGAUAGCUCUUCACCUAAACAUGUUGGAUGUUUAGGUUCAUAAUGAUCAUUUUGGAGUUGACAUGGAAACCUUCUCACUAGAUUUAGCGACUUUUGGAGCAAGUGCUGCUUUCACAGAAAAAGAGUUGGAAACACUGUUUGUUUGGAUCCUUCUUAAGAGCUAUCGUACUCCUGCUGGUUUAUUCAAUGUGACACACCCAAGGUUAAAAAUAAAUUAAAAAGAUGGCUUGAAAAUAGGAUUUGUGUGAACUGACCCCUUUUAAAAAGAAAGUGGAUGGGCUGCCUGUAUGUUUUUACUGUCACUCAAAAUAUUCUCUCUCCCUAGAAGACCUCCACUAUGGAUGCCACACUGCUGUAUUCCAUCAAUGUCUUUUAUUUUUUAGUAUUUCAUGUUCUGUGUUAUUGUCCAAACACAAGCCAAAUUGCCAACACUUCACAGGGAUGUGUCGGCACUCAAGUGAAGACUUACCAAAGUUCAAGGAUCAUUUCAACUAAAUAGAGCUUAUUUAAUGUCGUAGUUUUGGCCAUCAUUUCUAUCAGUACAAUACUAUUGUACUAUUUGAGUUGCUGAUAAAUGUAACAUGGUGACAUAUGAGACAGGAAACACCUGCAGUCAGACAAUUAGACGGGUUGUAAACUCUAUCCCCUCCGCUCUAUAGAUUGUUGUUGUGGUAAUUGGUAUUUACCCCCAGGGGUAGAUUCAAUUCAAUUCAAUUCAGUUUAUUUGUAUAGCCCAAUUUCACAAAUUACAAAUUUGUCUCGGAGUGCUUUACAAUCUGUACACAUAGACAUCCCUGCCCCAAAACCUCACAUCGGACCAGGAAAAACUCCCAAAUAACCCUUCAGGGGGAAAAAAAGGGAAGAAACCUGGAGGAGAGCAACAGAGGAGGAUCUAGAUAGAUGGAUGGAUGGAUCUUUAAUUUUUUUUAUUUUGUACAUUUACAGUUAUGGUUCAGAGAACUCUCGUUCAUUUGUUUCCAGCAGCAGUAGGUAGCUACUUUCACCUCUUAUACUACUGCCUGUCAACCUCAGCAUCAGGCAUACAGACACAGUUAGAGACUAGCUGGUGAACCUAGUGGAGCAUUUAGGAGCUAUAAAUAAAGAUAUCUUUCCACAGGAGUUGGUGGAGAGAAAAAUAGAGCUAAAAAGAGUGCUAAUGAGAGCAGAAACAAUACUCCACAUGAAGGCUACACUACUUAGUUCCUGCUGGGUGUGUAAAUACUGCUUUUUGGGACAUAUGUUGAAAUAUGUGUGUGAUUUCAGCUUAUUAUGGAGUUGGACCAAGUGGCCAAUAACUGAUUUAAUAAGCCUAGAGGUAAGCCACAUUUAUUAUUACCCAGACGAUCUGUUACAAACAAUCCAUCUGUUAUGAUCAGUCGGGGAGGACCCACAUGCAGGGCAGGGAUUAGAAGGUGUAUUUAUGGAACCAAGGGGGGAAAUGUUGGUGGAUGUGCAAUCAGCAGUCUCCCUUUCAGUUCUACUGCCAAAAAGAAAAGAAUUUAGAUUCUGGAUGAAGUUGGCUUUAAGAAUGUGCCUGCUUGUUUCUUGCCCUGUUGGAUAUCUGGUAGAAACGAUGGCCAAAGUUACACAAAAUAAAACCCAAACAUAAAAAUGUGGGCUACAACAUUUGCUUCAUGGAGGCUUGAGCUGCUUGUCACUGUUCCUUUCCACAAAAAAACACUCCAUUCCUAUUCAUUUUCAUACAUGCUUUAUGAAUGUUUGGACCUCCUAAGCCACAGCUCUUGUGAUCCAGUGAUCCCACCUAACUGGCAGAGUCACCAGUGCUGGGAUGUACUGGUAGACAGCAGGGGGUGUAAAUGACUCCUGUUAAGACUCUACCUGUUUGGUGUAACUCUACAGCCCCCACUCCCAGCCCCCCUCCUCAAACUGACUGCCUGUGUUGCCUGCUGUGCUCUUAACUGUCGUCCAAAACACGUAUUUUUACGAGCAAGAUGAACUGAACUGAACUCCCAUCUUUCUGAAUCUCUCUCACUCACUCACUCUCUGUAUGUGUGUGUUUACGUGCUCUGACCUAUUGUGACAUAUUGUAAGGACCGUAGUGCCCACUCUUUGUCGGAUGAAUGCCUUAUCACACUGAAACCGAUUGAAAGUGCUUUUUUGAAAUGUCGUCUGUUUUGCACUGAAGCUUUAGAAUCUACCUAACACAUAUGUUUAUAGACAAGCACCAUUUUGUUUUAUUAUGUAUGUUUAUUUCUCUUUUUCAUCAGCGUUGCACUUUGUGUUAUUCACACCAAGGUUAGAAUCACUGCCAUAUCAGAUGUAUAUGAGACUUAGAUUUGUACCACAGAUGUUCUUUGGACUGUACUAUAUUGAAUCCAGAAUAUCAACUUUUAUUGUUUAGAUUGGAAAAAGUAUCCAAUCCAUUGACGUAGAUGCUCCCGUUACUUCAUUAGUGUGUGAUAAACGGAGACUGUAGGUUCUGUGUGGCCGUACUGAUGAAGUUGUUUCUUUUGGCUUACAUUUCUGAGAACCACCAAUGAGUUUGAGGAAAUCAUUUGUAAAGCAAAAAAUGUUUCAUGAAUGUUUUAUAUCAGCUUCGUAUCACAAAAACACAACUACAAAACCAUGUGGUUAAAGUGUGAAAUAAUUGGAUGAAACGACUUGCGGUUGAGGUUAGACUAGAUUGGUCUGGUUUCUCAUCUCUAACAGGAAUAUGAUUUCCCUUUACAAACCUUAAGGAUAUUAGAACCACAUGAUUUUUUGAAAAUAAUCAUUUAUGUUCCUGGUAAUCUUUUAAUAUGAUAAAUUUGUAGGGAAUGUUGAGUUUCAUAACUUUAAGAAGAAGAGCAACGCAGAAGUGUUGAGCAUGACAACGCUGAUGGAAUAAGUGCUGUGGAAGUGUAAACUACGCUGAAUUUACCAAUUGUGCUAUCAGAUUACAAGUAAUACAAAAUAAAAGUUCAUAUUUAGCUGGUAAAUGAGUGCCCAGCCUUUAUUUAUAUGACCAUUAUAUAUGAAUGCCGGGUUUUAUUCCAGAUUUGAUGGGACUUUUUCUUCCUCCAAAAGUGUGUUCUUAUUUUUUCCCAAUAUGUACUUGAUGAAUUCAUUAUGUUUUGUCUUUUUAUGUGUUGUGGACCAACUCAACUUUAUAUACAUUAGAGAGAAAAAGAAUAAAAUGUAUGGAUACUUA